CGCCUGUCGAGCUACUGAUUAUGUCUUUGUUAUUGCUUGUGAUGGUUGGCUGGGAGGUUCUGUUGGGAGUUUCCUACAUCAUGUUCUGUACAUUUUUACGCUGUGGGGUGGGGAAAGUGUACAAAAAAAUGCACCUCGGCACUGCGUUUUUCAGUGACCAGCGGAUCGCCCUGUUGAGCGAGGUUAUUUGUGGUAUAAGAGUUAUAAAAAUGAACGUGUGGGAAGAAGUGUUUGAGAAACUGCUCGGGAAUAGUCGCAGGAAAGAGCUGCCUUUCAUCAGGAAUAAAACGCUGGCUCUUGGUGCAUUUGUAUCCGUUCAACAAGCCGUUCCCAUCAUAGCCUCUUUAGUUUCCAUAGUAACAUUAAUGAUGAGUGGAAAAGAACUCACCCACGAGAACGUAUUCUUGAUCAUAUUAGUAAUGUACAUACUCGAGUCUUCAUGCGGUGAAUCUUUUGCCAGAGGAACAGAUGUCCUUGUAAGAACACUUGGUCUGCUCGAUAGAAUAGAGAGUUUUCUCCUAAUAGACUUUCCGUUGUCAUCGUUUUACGAAAACGUAGCAAGUCGUACGAGUGAGGUCCCUCCCUCCGACAAACCUCCGAGUCUUUCUUUGAUUGGAGUUUGCUGCGAACACGAAUGUGAGUUGGUGGAUAUUGAUCUAAACUUCGUCACUUUUAACUGCGAAGGUGCACAACUUGUCGCACUCACAGGGCCCCCUAAGGAAGGGGCCGUUACUUCACUGUUCUGUGAGGCUAUACUGAAAGAAGUUCCACUUUCAAGGGGGCGUAUAGUCCAACAUGGUGACCUCGCCUACGUUGGCCAAAAGCCAUGGAUAUUUUCAGGAACUGUUCGGGAAAACAUUGUUUUCGGGGAACCUUACAUCAAAGAAAGCUAUUCAGCUGUUUUAAGAGCUUGUAAACUGAAUGAAGCCAUGCAGUGUUUACCGGAUGGUGAUAUGACUAAAAUUGGCCAUGGUGGUUACAAACUAGCACUUAGUCAGCAGGAACUCAUAAACGUAGCACGCGCAUCUUACUCAUCAGCGUCCAUCGUCCUAAUGGAUAAUCCUCUUAGUCACGUAAGCAUCUCAGUAGCCAAUCAGGUCUUCGAUGAUUGCAUCCUAAGUUUUCUCUCGUCUCGUCUGCGUGUCGUGGUGACGGGUAGAGCAAGUUUCCUCGAGAGGUGUCCACGUGUGUUGCUGAUGGUUGAUGGCCUUAUUAUCAGAGAAGGAUCACUCGAUAACAUUCGGGAGUCUGGUGAAAAUCUCACGUGGCUGAGGACAGACACUAUCCAUGAGAAAGAAAACAGUGGAGUGGUCCAACAAUCCUUGUCUGGUGGAAUCCUUUCCGCGAGUUUGAGGGAACCAAGCGUCAAAAAUAUCACUGAUCGAGAUGCUGAAGGAUUUUCUAUCUAUCUGAGAUAUGCGAGGCAAACAGGAUGGCUUCCAUCACUGUCAGUUGUAGGUUUCCUGUUAACAUUAACUCCAGGAGUCGUCCUCGCAGGUCUUGGAAUAUGGUUUGCACGAAUUGCAGAUCUAUCUCGUGAUUACCACUACCACCACUUCAGUUUGUCUGCAAUAGUUGUGGGAGCCUAUGUCAUACUGCUUCUUCUUAGAGCUCUGUUUCUGCUCUUGUGUGGCCUUCGAUCGUCCAUGCGCAUCCACGAUAGAGCUAUUUCUACACUGCUUAAGACAUCAGUCCAACAUUUUGAAAACGAAGAGAAGGAUGCUUUCCUAAGAGUAUUUUCUAAAGAUGUAGAAUGUUUGGACGAGAAGCUCCCCUCCGACAUUCUGCAGUUGGCACAGUCGGUGGUAGAACAUGCUGCAGUGGCUGUUAUGAUCACGCUAGUAGCUCCGUGGACGGUGCUUGCUUUCAUACCCGCAUCUCUUAUCUCAUUUGUGGUUGGGAAAAAAUAUCUCUGGUUGGAGCGACAGGCCAGAGAUAAUGAAAACAACACCUUAACGCCCCUGAUGAUAUAUUUUUCGGAUACUAUGAUGGGUGCGGUCACCAUUCGAGCCUCUCAAAAGGAAAGCUACUUCAUGAAAGAGUUUUUCAGAUUGCAAAAUCAGCACAUGACGGCAGUAUGCAUGCGGUCAGCGGCGGAACAAUGGUUGGCAAUGAGACAUUUGGCUGUGAUGUCAUUGACCAUGUGUGUUGCCACUGUGGUAGUCAUCUUCACAAGCAACAACACUUUUGUCGCUCUGUCGUUGACAUUUGUCAGACAGCUUGUUGUAGGAAUUGCUAUUAUUCCAUUUCUCGUCAAAAACAUAGAACAGGACAUGACUUCAGCGGCCCGAUUGAUGAGUUUCCAUGACAUGCGCUCCGAGUCUAGUCACCAGAAUGACACGAAGCCACCCGAAGAUUGGCCGAAGGAGGGCGCCGUGUGUAUCAGCGAUUCCUUAUUGUCUCACACCUACGGUCGUCGACGGGUAUCAUUUGAAACGUUGUCUUUAAGCAUUGAGCCAAGAGAGAAAGUUUGUAUCAUAGGCCAAAAAAACGCAAAGACGAUCUCCUUUGCUUCUAAACUUAUGCUUCUGUCAAAAGGAUCCCAACAGGAGGUAUGGGUCGAUGAUAUUUCACUAGCAACGAUUAGUCUCCGAGAAGCGAGGAAAGCUUUCUGCACACUUCAGCAAACACCAUUCAUUUUUACGGCUUCAAUACGAAAAAACCUUGACCCGGAAGAGAAACAUGAAGACGAAGAGUUGUGGAACGUUUUGGAUACCGUGACAAUGAAAGAAUAUGUGAAAGGACUGCCUGGGGGGCUAGACUACAUGAUGACACAGUCUGUGAACUUCUCCAAUUCUCGGCUGCUGUUGUUGUCUCUCGCUCGUGCAAUACUACAGAAGAAGAAAAUCGUGAUUUUUGAUGGAGUUGUCUCAGGCGUCGACUUCACCACAUUGCGCAUAAUCCAUAGUGUUGUCAAGAACCAGUUUGCCAAUUCUUCAGUGAUCACGGUUGCGUAUGGACCUAUUGGACUGGAAACAAUUCUGCACCACGACCGCGUUGUUGUUAUGGAACAAGGGAGGAUUGUGGAAAUGGAUAGUCCAAAUGCUCUACUCUCCCGGAAGGGAAGCUUACUGUCAGAAUUUCUUGCCCCCACGUGACAGUCACAUUGUAUACCCGAAAGGCUCCGCAGCGGUGCCCGAGACUUUGAAAUUAGUAAUUUACUUUUAAUAAUAAUCAAACAUAUAAUAGUCAAAGAAUACUCUGCUUUCCAUGUUCGUGAGUACACCAGCCCUUUCAGUAUUGAUUUCAAAUGUAUAAAGCUACGUUGCCUGUAAUUUUUUUGCCAGUUUGUAUUUCAGUGUCAUCUGUUCAAAUGUUUUUAAGUGUUCCAUCACUUCUAAAAUGUCAGCUUUGUUUUUAAAUAACCAAAAUCAGAGCAAGUAGACCAGAAGUAAAUUUUUCAA